AAUUCUCGCGAUGAAUGCCCCCCAUAUAUAAGAACAGCUGGGGGUGCCUCGUCCACUUGGAGGGGCGUAGGGUUUCCUUAAGGAUCUGUGGUUAAGUCUGGAUCAGCUGCACUAGGAACAGCCAGCUAUGUCGGACGCGGUGGUUAGUUUUAUGAAGGACUUUUUGGCCGGCGGUAUCGCCGCUGCCAUCUCCAAAACAGCUGUUGCUCCCAUUGAGAGAGUCAAGCUGCUGCUGCAGGUGCAGCAUGCCAGCAAGCAGAUCACAGCUGAGAUGCAAUAUAAAGGAAUCAUUGACUGUGUGGUCAGAAUCCCAAAGGAACAGGGCUUCGUCUCAUUCUGGAGAGGCAACCUGGCCAACGUAAUCCGUUACUUCCCAACCCAAGCCCUGAAUUUCGCCUUCAAAGACAAGUACAAGAAGAUCUUCCUCGGUGGCGUGGAUCAAAAAACACAGUUCUGGCGUUACUUCGCUGGUAAUCUGGCGUCAGGCGGCGCUGCUGGUGCCACUUCGCUCUGUUUCGUUUAUCCACUUGACUUCGCCAGAACAAGACUGGCUGCUGACAUCGGAAAGGGUCCCGCUGAGAGAGAGUUCACCGGUCUCGGAAACUGCAUCGCCAAGAUCUUUAAAACCGACGGUCUGAAGGGUCUUUACCUGGGGUUCAACGUGUCCGUGCAGGGUAUCAUCAUUUACAGAGCGGCUUACUUUGGAUGCUUCGACACAGCUAAAGGCAUGCUGCCAGAUCCCAAGAACACACACAUCAUCAUCAGCUGGAUGAUUGCGCAGACCGUCACUGCCGCGGCAGGUCUGGUCUCAUACCCCUUCGACACUGUAAGACGUCGUAUGAUGAUGCAGUCAGGACGCAAAGGAGCUGACAUCAUGUACAAGGGCACAAUCGACUGCUGGAGGAAGAUCCUCAAAGACGAGGGCUCACGAGCUUUCUUCAAGGGUGCCUGGUCCAACGUGAUCAGAGGAAUGGGCGGGGCUUUCGUGUUGGUUUUGUACGAUGAAAUCAAGAAGUUUUCAUACUAAACUCACACUCCCAGUCCCCAAGGAAACCCUCCACUUCGUUUAAGUCUUAUGUUUGUGAUGCAGUGGCACCAGCCUGGUGAAUCGCAGUAUGGGCACGUAGGCUACAACAGCCUGAGGAAAGUGGGUACCGAACCUGGGUCUGUGUCUCAUCAGAAAUGUGUGUAUAUACAAAUAUAUAGCCUAUGUACCAUAAAGGUUGUCCUCCAGCGCGACAGCAGGUGGAGAUGACGCGUGACACAGAUUAUGAUACAGUUACCUUUGUCAAGCAGCUGCUGAGGCCCAUAUGAUGUGUAGUGACCACUCUGACCCAUGUAUCGCUCCUUAAACUUUAAUUUAUUAAUAAAGAUUUAAUCUAUAAAACA